AGUAAAUUAUAAUCGGAGCCGGUAGCCGGUAGCUUCUUUAAAUUAUGUGUUAAAAAUAUAAUGUAUUGAUGUUACUUACCUUCGCAUUCUAAUAAAAAUCGCAUUCGCGUUCAGAAAAUGGAGUACCAUUUUAACGAUCUGUGUAUGCCAGCCGAUCAUCUUUUAACAGAUGCAUACACAGCAGAAUACACUCCUCAGUACAUCAUGCCGUCACAGGAAGGGGAGUAUGAAGUGCGGAGCACUAUACUGGUGGAUGGUGGAGACAGGUUUGGUGUCUCUGCAGUGCAGUUUGACAAGUUUGAAGAGCUCAUCUGGAUGGGUAAUCAAGGGGGCCAUGUGACAUCAUACUACGGCCCAGCUAUGCAGAAAUACACAUCCUUCCAAGUCCAUGAGUCGGAGGAAGUGAGGGACAUACUAACCAUGGAAAAUGGUAUUUAUGCGCUGACGAAAACGUCACUGCGCCAUCAGAUACGGAGAGGCAUUCCGAAACAUACUCACAGAUCGCGCAACAUGACGGACAUGCAGUGCCUGUACCAAGUGAAUUCUACCAAGCUAAUGAUGGGUGGACAUCAGGACAAGUUGAUAGAUCUGGACCUUACUAAACUGGUGGAAACUGUUAUUCCGAUCCCGGAAGAAGGCUGCGCCGUCCUCCGCGGCGGCGGGAGCUCCCUAGUCGCCUGCGGCAGCGCCAACGGCUCCGUGAGCCUCCGCGACCUGCGGAGCCCUACGACAGCGCAGCACACGUUCCGGGCGCACUCCGCCUGCCUCUCCGACCUGGACAUGCAGGGCGACCUGCUCAUCACGUGCGGGUUCCAGUCAGUGAACGGCGUAGCAGUGGCGGAGCCCUACGUGGUAGUGUGGGACGUGCGCCGCCUGCGCGCCGGCUCGGCCACGGCGGCGGCGGCGGCGUGGUCGCGCGCGCCGGCCGCGCCGCCGCUGCUGCUGCACUACCUGCCUGCCUUCUCCGGCCGCGCCGUGGCCCUGUCCGGGGACGGACACGUCACGCUGCUGCAUGUCAACGCUAGUGAUGACAACCACUCCGUCUUCCAAGUGGACACCCAAUCCUCCCUUUGCACUGUGAUGGACGUGUCAGCAACAAGCCAAGCUCUUGUCUUUGGUGACCAAGCUGGACAUUUGCAUCUGUUUUCACCCCAGCACAAUCAUGAACCUGUAUUCAACAAUUUCUCCAGAGCCACGGAAUUCGCCAACGCCCCUCCGAACCUUCCUUUCGCGGGUCCAACAGACACCAGUUUCCAGUUCUCGUCCGUGCCCCUCCCCCCCCUGGCCGCCGGUCCGAGAUGGUUCAACGAGCUACCCCCAGCCUUCUUUAGGAAGGGAUACAGGAAACCCAAGCCGAUAGACUCGGAGGUUCUAAACACCAUGAAAAUGCAGGGUCCGAUCGGCUACGCUCCUAACCCAAGGACUUUCAAAAGAAAUCAGAUGCCCUACAUAGAAGACACUCUAGAAGACCUGUUCACUGCCAAAGUGACAGAAAACAAAUUCACUAACCAACCCGUGCCCAAGCACUAUCAAAAGACUGACGGUCGUUACAAGCAAGAUAGUGAAACGAGCAAACCCAGUCUCCCUGGAUUGGAGGCCAUUUUACCCAAUUCGUACUGCAACUGUAUGCUUCAGGUUUUGUACUACACCCCGGCUGUGAAGGCAACGCUGCUGGCGCAUACUUGCGCUAAGGAGUUCUGUCUCAGCUGCGAGUUAGGCUUCCUGUUUCGAAUGCUCGACUCAUCUGGCGGGGCAGCGUGUCAAGCCGCGAACUUCCUGCGCGCCUUCCGGACCGUCCCCGAGGCCGCCGCCUUAGGCCUCGUCCUCCCCGACCGGCAGGAUUCGCAGGAUCUCCAGGCCUUGAUACAGAGCUGGAACCGUUUUAUACUCCACCAAAUGCACUACGAAAUCCUAGAAACACGAAAUAAAGAAAAGGAGAUGGCCCUACUCGCGAACAAUUCUCCCCCCAAAACUAGGGGUAACGUGCCAGCUCCCAUCGUAGCACCCGCCACACAAGUGAACGGCUAUCCGGAAGAAUACCAGUACGCAGAGCUGGAAUUCCUAGGACCCAGCACAGAGUUCGAAGACGGCGAGCCGAAAGAAGACGGUUGGCAUAAUUUGAGUCAGGAAGAAGCCUUAUUUGGACCUGUGGAAUACUCAGUAUCUCCAGACUCUCAACUCAACAAGGUAAACGACGAGCUACCGAACCAACAAGUGGACAGAGAAGAGUCGGAUAUAUCUCAGCUCUUCGCUAUCGGCCGACACCAGCUCAACCGGUGCUUGAAGUGCAAUAAAGAGGAGGAACGUUCAUCCGUGGUCCUAGCCUGUGCUCUCCAAUACCCGAUGGGCUCCAACUCGGCGCGGGGCUUCGCGGAGCUAGUGCGAGCCUCCCUCGCCCCGCGCCGCGCCACGCCCGCCUGGUGCGAGCAGUGCGCGCGGUUCACGCCCACGCAGCAACAGGGCAGAGUCAUACGGUUACCGCCGAUACUUGCUAUAAACUGUGGUGGUGUCACUGCUCACGAGAAAGCCUACUGGGCCAAAGGCACACCAAAAGAAACGUCGGACUCAACGAAACGCGGUAGCAGCGGCAAGCCGUGCCGCUACGGCAUGCACUGCGCGAGGCCGGGCUGCCGGUUCAAACACCCGGACAGACCGAGUCCGUCCCAAGGUUCUUCCAAGAGUCCCGACUCUCACUGCGUGUUGCCGCACCAGCUGCUGGUCAGGUUGCAGUCGGACGGCGACGUCAUUAUCAAUGAUAAGAACGACGCAUCGAACGACAACCGUGAUAAACACAAGAAGAAGCAAGUGACUACCGUUUCGGAAGAAGAAUACAAUCUCUCCGCUGCCGUUAUAUGUGUCGAGGAUAAUCCGAAGAACUUGGUCGCUUACGUGCAGAUAGGGGAGGAUUGGCAAAUGUUCAACGACGUUAGCAUAACCCCAGUGUCAGCGUCCGAAGUGGUCCAAUUCAGUGCGUGGUGGAAAACGCCCUGCGUGCUCUUCUACUCGUCGGCGAGCCUCAAGCAGGAGGAGUCAUAGCCGGCCGAGUAUGGACCUUAUAGCGACGAGGCUAUAGGUCCAUACAACAUGAAUGAAAUGUUGUACCGAGUCAGCGCCGAAGGACAUUACAGUAUGUACAGCGAGUCGUAGGAUAUUGAAUCCUAAAGCAACGUGGUAAGGAAGGAGCAAAUUUGAACAAAAUCAAGUGAAACAUUUAAAUCAUAAAGAAAUCUUAUAAGGCCGGAUCUACACUUGUAAGUUUUACUCACGUAAGUAAAGUGUCACUAACUCUAAUUUUAUUUUUAGGUGUAAACGCAGUCGUAAGUUACUUACAUAAAUUUUACGUUAGAAACUUACAAGUCUAAAUCCGGCCUAAGUCGAAAUUAUUUUAGUACGAAAAGCGAAACAUUUGUUUAUUUUUUUAAAUAUUGAAGAUGUAGACGUAUUAAAUUUGUGCCAGAGUUUGAGGUUCUAAAAUAUUUUCCCAUUUUUGUCGUUCUCAACUCUUACAAUAAUAGUAAAAAAUCGAAUAAAGUCAAACAAAGGGGCAUAGGGGGCAGAACCUGCUUAGAAGCGUGAAUUAUCUUCGCUUUCGACCACCUUUCGACUCAGGUCCCGUAGACAACAUGCCAAUCGCUGUCGCUCCGUAGGAAACGAAACGCAACUGUCACCAGUGAUAUGGAAGAGUGAUAGACACAAAGCGAUUCGAUAGCAAAGCGCAAGCGAUUGUCACCUUGGCUAGGCCACCAGGUCUCGAGAUGGCAGACCGUCCAACACGCACUGUCUCUAAUCUAGGCUAAGUUUGAGAUAAGUUUAAGACUGUAGAUAUUAUUAAUGUGUAUGUAAAGCCUGACCAGUAAUAUAUGAUCAUUGUCAAGAGGGCGCUGUUAUUUUCAUGUAUAGGGUGACAGUUCAGUAUAGUAUGAAAAUAUUAGUUCCAGUAAAAUUCCGCAACAUGGCGCGUGAUCAUAUAUUCCUGGUCAGGCUUUAGGUACGUCUUACCUGAACCAAAGAGUUAUUGAUUGUAGAAGGUAAAGUCAAGGUUUUGUGCUAUAACCACAACUAUGAUACUGACAGCGCUUCACGGCUCCUAACAAUAUGCAAUAAAGCUUAGAGGGUAUAACCAAACGGAGUAGCCAUUAACAGGCAUUCCCCUCUGUCGAAACUCCAUGACCAAUGGUCAUACACAUUGUAUGGACUGACGUUUAUUGCUACAUGGCUAUUUUUACGUUACGUAUACAUUUGACGUUCCCCUUCCCUGCAAAAAUUGGCACACUGUUUUGAACAGAAAAUUUCAGACAAGGCGUCUCCAUUUGGUUAUAUCCUCCAAGCAAUAAAGCGAUAACGAAACGUAUCGCCGUUCAGCCACAGCCAGCGGACACGCUAUACAUCAAUAAUCACUCGCGUUUCUAUGUGUGAACGGCACGUCCGUACACGCGUCAUGCGUCAUAGUGUGAGUAAGUUGCUUAAAAACAGUACUGAGAGCACGCCAGAAGUCCGCUAGGGGCGGGGCGGGUGCGUGGCCGUUCUGUAUGAUAAUACUAUUACUUAUUCUGUGGUUCAGCUGUCAAAAAGGAGAUUUUUUUUUCUAAACUUUAGAUCUACUACUAUCAAACUCUUUGCUAUUACUAUUGCCUACCGACUGAUCAUCAUGACUGAGUCAUUUCAUCUUAUUUAUGUUCUAAUAU